AUGUCCUUUAUCACCGAGCCAAUUGCCUGGGCGACCGGCAUUCCAGAGCCGACGUUGCGCUUGCUCAUGACCAUCGGGCUCGCCUAUCCUAUUGCUCGCAUGUACAAGCAAAUGUACUUGACUCGUGAACUCAAGGGCCCCAUUAGUGCAGCAACUGUCAGUGAGCGGAACCUUUUUAUCCUAUUGACAGGUCUUGGUUUAUCACUCUUUUUCAAUGGAUCUGAUAUCUAUCAUUCGUUGCUUACGGUGUCGGUCAGCUAUGGUAUCAUGUAUCUCGCCAAUCGUCAAGGAAACCGAAAGUUGGGUACAGCCGGCGUAUGGAUCUUUAACAGCAUCUAUCUCUUGGGAGCCUAUUAUUUCACUGCCACCGACGAUUAUGAUGUUACAUGGACCAUGCCACAAUGCAUUCUUUGCUUGCGUUUAAUGGGUUUCAGCUUUGAUUACCAAGAUGGAGCCGUAUCCAAGGUACCCGUGGAAGGUCCUGAACCCACUCGUAAAGCUGAACAAGCCAGCGAUCAUGCGACCAAUAUUCGGCCCACCGCCGAAAAGAAGCCCCCUAGCCAGUUGCCAUUGUCAUUCUCGGCUGAUACUCCUUUGGAGGAGCUUCCAGAGUUCAUUCAAGUCUUGGGUUACUGCUAUUAUCCAUCCGCUUUCUUGGUUGGUCCUCAAUUCUCCUUCUCGCUUUAUCGUCGUUGGUUGGCAUCCUCACCUUUUAUCACCAAUGAAACCGUGAAUGAUCAAGAAGAAGCUGAAAAGGCCCAAAUGCGUUAUGUAUUCAAGUGCGUUGGUUUGGCCAUCACCUAUCUCGUAUUGCAACAGGGUAUUGGUGCAAUGUAUCCUACAUCCUAUUUGUUGACCGAGGAAUAUGCAUCGCUAUGCUUUUUGAAGCGUGUAUGGAUUAUGAUGGUUACCGGCAAGUUCGUCUACAACAAGUACAUUGGCGUGUGGAUGUUGACUGAAGGUGCCUCUGCUUACUUUGGUAUUUCAUAUGAUGGUCGUGAUGGCGAGGGUAAUUCGCUUUACGGUGGCCUUGCCAAUGCAAUCCCCAGUCAAUUUGAAACCGCUACUUCGAUUGAUCACGUGAUUGGUGCUUUCAACAUUAAUACCAACUUGUGGACCAAGUACUAUGUCUUCAAGCGACUACGAUUUUUGAACAACAAGUUGCUUUCACAAGUGGGCGCUUUGGCAUUCCUCGCUAUCUGGCAUGGCUUCCAUAUCGCAUACUUUACAACAUUUUUAUCCGAGUUCCUCUGUGUCAUGUGCGAAGGUGUCUUGCGCAAACGUCUUUUACCCCUUGUUCAGCCUUACACGGCCAAGAAUCCCAUUGCGUACUAUGCAUGGAAAAUUGUCAGCUGGAUGACAUGCUGCGCUACAUUGUAUUAUUCUAUUAUUCAGUUUGACCUCCUCAAGCUUGGAAAGGCAUGGAUUGCAUACAAGAAUGUGUACUUUUUGGGCCAUUUGAUCAUUGCUGUCAUUCUUCUUGGCAACAAGUACGUCUUGGGUCCUCUUGUUCGUCAUCCCAAGGCCAAAACCAACUAG